GAGAAAAACCGAUAUAGUCAGCACACGACUCUUUUGGCCAGCCCGCAGCAAUGGAUCUGGGCGAAGGCGGUGCAGCGCCAGUGAUUCUGGCAGACUGGCUGGACCGGUCGCUUACCGUCUGGCAUGACCACCGAGUCGUAGUCACGGCACUUGUUGUCUUGAGCAUCUUGACACUCUGGGUGCGGCGGCGGCGCAGACUCGCACAGGCUCGACCAUCUUCGCCAGCGCUGGAGAAGGCCGACCCGUCUUCAUCGACAACAACAACAACGACGACGUCGGAGAAAGCCAACCCUGCGAAAUCAAGCAAUAAUGACACCGCGACCGCGUUCACGCGGACAGCGUCACCAUCGAAAAAGCCCGACCAAGGCCGCAAAUCUACUCGACCGACGGCGGCGCGGGUAGUGACUGGGCGGAAACCGACGGGCACAAAAGCAGGGGCGCGGGGGUUGAAGGCAGAGCGUGCUAUACUACAGCGAGAACAAGCAGAGCCAUGUCAGAUCCAGCCGUUGGUCUUCUUCACGUCCUUGACGGGCACGACCGAACGGCUCGCCAAGGACGUCGUCGCCGCCCUCGAGGCAUUCUCCGAGUCUGAGGUUCAGUCUCAGACGGUACUCAAGCCCCAAGUUCACGAUCUGUCGUAUAUCGAUCUGGACGACUACUUUAUUACGGGGCCCAAGAGUCCAGUCCCGCAGGCCAACAUCCGUUACUUCUAUCUGCUCCUGCUUCCGUCAUACGACAUCGACACGAUUCUCAACACUUUCCUCGCGCACCUCGACGAGACGCACAAUGAUUUCCGCAUCGAUACGUCCCCUCUGUCCACGUUGGCUGGAUACACGGUGUUUGGAGUCGGGGACAAAGAAGGAUGGCCCGAUGAGAAUAGGGGGUUCUGUGCUCAGGCGAUCGAGGUGGAUAGAUGGAUGGCCAAACUGACGGGCAGGAAGAGAGCGUAUCCUCUGGGCUUGGGCGAUGUCAAGCGUAACCUGGACGGGGCGCUUAAAGACUGGCUCGCCGGGGUGCGUAACGUGCUUGAGGAGCUUGCGGCGACGGGAAACCUCGGCGAAGGCGUCCGUGGCAGUGGUGACGCGCUCGAGAGUGCCGACGAAGAAGAAGAGGACGAGAUUGAUGAUGUCGACGAUGACACAGCAGAGGUUCAGGUGCAGGAAGAGGUUGACUUUCCGGAUUCGGGACGCAACAAGAGGCGCAAGAUUGCAGCUACUAGUACUGUGGACCUGGAAGAUGUAGGAGGAAAGGGGACCGCUAGUACACUGGCUGUUGACUUCACAACAUAUUCUCCCGCAGCUGGCACUCAGUCGUCGGGUGUACUGAAGGCCAUGGUGCCCAAGGAGUCGCCGACGCACGCGGCGCUGACGAAGCAAGGAUACACGAUUGUGGGAACGCAUUCGGGGGUCAAGAUCUGUCGGUGGACCAAGUCGGCGCUCCGGGGCCGGGGGUCAUGCUACAAGAACUCGUUCUACGGUAUCGCAUCGCACCUGUGCAUGGAGACGACGCCGUCGCUGUCGUGCAGCAACAAGUGCGUCUUCUGCUGGCGACACGGAACGAACCCGGUGUCAACGACAUGGCGGUGGCAGGUGGACGACCCGGUGGAGAUCUUCAAUGGGGCCAAGGAAGGACACUACAAGAAGAUCAAGAUGAUGCGCGGCGUGCCCGGGGUGCGCAGCGAGCGGUUCGCCGAGGCGAUGCGCAUCCGCCACUGCGCGUUGAGUCUGGUGGGCGAGCCCAUCUUCUACCCGCGCAUCAACGAGUUUGUGGGCCUCCUUCACAGCGAGCACAUAUCGAGCUUUUUGGUCUGCAAUGCCCAGCACCCCCAACAGUUGCGCGACUUGCACCGCGUGACCCAGCUGUAUGUCAGUAUUGACGCCAGCAACCGCGAUAGCCUGCGCAAGAUCGACCGGCCCUUGCACCGCGACUUCUGGGAACGCUUCCAGGCCUGUCUGGACAUAUUACGCGAGAAACGAUUUGUGCAGCGCACCGUCUUCCGUCUGACGUUGGUCAAGGGUUUCAACGUCGACGACGAGGUCGAGGGCUAUGCCGACCUCGUCGCCAGAGGUCUCCCUUGCUUCAUCGAGGUCAAGGGUGUCACUUACUGCGGCACCAGCGUCUCUGCCAACGCCGGCCUCACCAUGGGAAACGUCCCCUUUUACGAUGAGGUCGUCGAGUUUGUCAAUGCUCUCGACCGUGCCCUGGCCAAACGGGGUCUCGAGUACGGUAUCGCCGCCGAACAUGCUCACAGCUGUUGUGUCCUCUUGGCUAGCAACCGCUUCCGCAUCAACGGCAAAUGGCAUACUGUUAUUGACUAUGAUCGCUUCUUCGAGCUUCUUGAUAAAGGUGUCGACUUCAGACCCGAGGAUUACUGCAAGGAGACGGCUGAGUGGGCUCUUUGGGGAAAUGGUGGAUUUGAUCCCAGAGACGUCCGUGUCGAUAGGAAGGGGAGACCGAAGGAAUGACAUUACAAGUAGAGCAGGGCACCGGCAGGGCGGAGCGGAGGCUGUGCAGCGUUGCCAUGACCGCGUGCUGGAUUGGAUAGUCCAUACUCGGGGUGUCAUACGACUUGAAGUGGUGGCAAUUCAAAGUCACCAUUAAAGAUGCCACCGUUGUUUUCGCUACCCUGGUACAUGCUACAAGUAUAGUAUCAUGUUAUCACGUUGAAAGGGGGCGGAGACAUUCUCCGAUAACGUACUCUUGUUCGAUAAUGGUCCCAGCCGGCGCUCUCGACGCAGCGCUUCCAGUCUACUACGGCUGUGUCCAAUCCUUCUGCCCUUGUUCUGGUUCAAGUGGAUUAUCUGCCGUCAUAUUAUUGUCUGACUACUAGUAGAAGAAAUUUC